GGUACCUUUUCAACUACCAGUGGAAAAAACCAAAUCAACAGUUUCAGUAAUAGCGGGGGGAAUUCAAAAUUUCGAAAGCCAAACCGCCAAGAAAUUGCUCUUCCCGCUAAGUCUUGAAUGCUCACCACCACCGCGGCACCGCCCAUAAAGCCAAACUAAUCGAGAAAUUUCCAUUUCAUCCCCGCUUCUGAGCCCUAAAGUUAAAAAAAAGAAAGGAAGAUUGCAAUGUCGGAAAUUCAGAACGUCGCGAGGUCGCUGAAUCCGUGUAUUUUUCAUCUCCAGAAGCUUCGGUUCGAGCUCAACUGCGCUUUAUGUUUGAAAAUGCUGAACAAGCCGAUGUUGCUUCCGUGCAAUCACGUUUUCUGCAAUUCCUGUGUUGAAUUUAGCAUUCGUUGCCCUGCAUGCCAGCAACGCUUUACCAAUCAAGAAAUCAGACCUGCCUUUCACAUGGAGAACAUUGUUGCUAUUUACAAAAAUCUGGAUGCUACUUUCAACUCUGCGAUCUUGCCACUUAUAUCUGCUGAUUCUGGAACCCCAGUCUCGAGUUCUACCUUAACUGGCCAAGUGACAAAGAAUGUAGGUGGGACAGCACCUAAAAUGAAUGAUAAUUGCCCUGAUCCUAGUCCAAGGGGGAUUGAGUCAGCCAAGUGCUCUGCAUCAGAAGAAUUAGAUGUGAAUCAUGCUCCAGAAGUGUGGCCUGGAAGCUCCCCUUCCUCUGUUGAUACCAAACAUGCAAAUCAGCAUAGCAGUCCAGGUUGCAGAAAUGAGGGUCCAUGUAAAAUUAGAGUCAAGAGCUCUACUGGAGACCAAUUAGGCAUAGUUGCUGGUGGAGUGGAUACAAGAGGCACAUAUCAUACAAGGGAACCUAAGAGGCAAAAGAAGCUAAUUUAUGGACCGUCCGGUGCAGUUCUGCAAAGCCAUGCAUACAGUGAGAAGAUAGUUUCUCAUUUGAAUCCUGCAGUUUCUAAGCUUGAGGACUGCAAAUCUAUGGAAGAUGCUUCCAUCAUUUCUUCUACUGCACCCUUGGAUGCAUCAAAUGUGGAUGGAAGUAUUUGUGCGCUUUGCCAUUCUUCUAAGAUAACAGAAGGAACUGGCCGGAUGCUACACUAUGCAGGCGGAAAGGAGGUAGCAAGAAGUCAAGCAGCUUAUUCCAAUACAAUUCCUGUCCAUACUAAAUGUAUAGAAUGGGCCCCUCAGGUCUAUUUUGUGGAUGAUACUAUUGUGAAUUUGGAGUCUGAAAUAGCACGAGCUUCUAAGCUCAAGUGCAGUGGUUGUGGGUUAAAGGGAGCAGCACUUGGCUGCUUUGUGAAGUCCUGCCGCAGAAGUUAUCACGUGCCUUGUGCUGUGGAGGUACCAGACUGCAGAUGGGACUGUGGUGAAUUUUUAAUGCUAUGUCCAACUCAUAAAUCAAUUAAAUUUCCGAGUGAAAAGUCCAACUCCAGAAAGCGUCCCAGUGGAGAGAAGUGCUCUUUGCCCAGUGAAAUUACACCCGAACAGUUAAAUAUUUGCUCAACCUCCCUGAGCAUGCCUCAACAGUUGGUUCUGUGUGGAUCAGCUCUGUCUUCAGAGGAGAAGUGUUUGGUGGCUCGCUUAGCUAAAACUAGUGGUGCUACUGUGUACAAGUUCUGGAACCCAAAUGUCACCCAUGUGAUUGCAGCAACAGAUUCAAAUGGUGCAUGUAGUAGAACUCUAAAAGUUCUCAUGGCUAUUUUAAAUGGAAAAUGGGUCCUUUCUAUGGAUUGGGUAAAAGCUUGCAUGGAAGCAAAUCAUCGUGUUGACGAAGAACCUUUUGAAGUUAACCUGGACAAUCAUGGGUGUUGUGAUGGUCCAAGAACUGGUAGAUUGAGAGCAUCAAAGAAUGCUCCGAAGCUUUUGCAUGGUUUGAACUUUUACUUCAAUGGCGACUUUGUUCCGGCUUACAAGAGUGAUCUCGUAGAGUUAGUUAGAGUUGGUGGAGCCAGCAUUAUUGAGAGCAUGGAGGAUGCAGUUGCAGGAAGACAGAAUCUUGAAGAUAUUUCAACAACUUUAGUAGUUUACAAUUAUGACAGUCCUCAAGGGUGUUCAGCAACUGAAGCAAGUUUCAUUUUGUUGAAGAGAGCAGCAGAAGCAGAGGAUGUGGCCAAAAGCAUCGAUGCUCAGCUCAUUCGGCAUACAUGGAUCUUGGAAUCCAUUGCUGCAUGCCAAAUCUUGCCAUUUUCGUUGUGAUAAUUAUACACAUUCCUUCUCUACAUUUUAGUCAUAUUUAUUGAUGCUGUUAUUAGCGAAAAUUUGCAGUGUACACCCGACUUUGGAACCUGCUUUUGGGAUAUGAAUAUAACAAAAUUAUAUGGCAUGGCAGAAUUUA